AGUUGUUGUCACACACACAAACACACACACACACACACACACACACACCGACUUGUCGUCACUUUUGGAUUUCUGUGUAACUUUAAGCAGUUAGUCCUGUGGAUGCAGGAUAGUCCAGGUGGUGCAGGUAUGGAGGAGCGGGUCCAGCACCACUAACAGGUAAACAGGGAGUCGACCAUAGACUCUAUAUAAAUAAAUCAAGAAGGAGUCGACAGGUGAAGAAAGAAAACGGGACUCCACCUUGAUUUCCCCUCCGGGUGAACCGCUCCGUCCAGCGGUGUGUCCUCUCGGCUCUAGCCGCCUCUCCUGCCCCUCUCCCCGGACUCUCCUCGGGCUUCUCCUCGGGCUCCUCCUCGGCACCAGACAUGGAGGAAAAAGCGGAUUUUCCCAACGAACUGUUCGAGAGUGUUCGGGAGGCGGUGGGCCGGAGGGUGAAGCUGACCCUGAGGCGCAAAGUCCAGCUGGAGGUCAAAGGUGACAAGGUGGAGAACAGAGUGCUGGCGCUGGCAUCACAUCGAGCCUAUCUGCUGACAGCACGGGUCCCUUCUAAGGUGGAACACUCCUUCAGUUACCUGGAUAUCCAGGGGAUCAGCAGCAACAAGCCCACUCAGCUGGUGCUGGAGUGUGAUCGAGGCCCCUGGAACCUGCGUCUGAGCUCUGUGGACGAGGUUGACGAGGUGAUCGCUCACAUCGGCAGCUGUCUGCAGAGGAUCUGCCCCGCAGGAUCACCUGUGAAGGUGAUGAAGAAGUUGAGUCUGAAGCCAGCAGAGAGGUCUUUGGCCCUCCAGGCGGUCUGGGACGAUCAGGGCUCAGCUGAUCUGGGACCCUGCGGCGGGUUUUCUCACCAGUACUGGUGUGUGUGUGAUCACAUGGGUGUGCCGUACAGAGAGGAAGUCCAGUGGGAUGUGGACACCAUCUACCUGACUCAGGACACCAGAGAGCUCAACCUGCAGGACUUUGUUCACCUGGAGAACAGAGAUUUGGUGGCGAUCAUCGCAGCUCUGGAGUACAACCAGUGGUUCACUAAAAUCUCCACCAAAGACUACAAACUGUCCACAGAUGUGUGUGAGCAGAUCUUCAGGGUGGUGUCUCGCUCCAGCCGGCUGGAGGAGCUGGUGCUGGACAACGCUGGACUCAAAAGUGAUUUUGCUCAGAAACUGGCCAGCGCUCUGUCUCAUAACCCCGCCUCCACGCUGCACACACUCACGCUGAGCAACAACUCACUGGAGGACAAAGGAGUUUCUGCUCUCAGUGCUCAGCUUGCCAAGCUGCCGAUGGGCCUGAAACACCUGAACCUGUCCAGGACCUCCAUGUCUCCUAAAGGUGUGAACAGCCUCUGUCAGGCUCUGUGUGCCAACCCCACCAUCUCCUCCACCCUCACACACCUCGACCUGUCGGGGAACUCUCUGAGAGGAGACGACCUGCCGAACCUGCACAGCUUCCUGAGUCACCCGAACUGCCUGGAGACUCUGGAUCUGUCCAACAGUGACUGCUCUCUGGAGCAGGUGUGCACGUCUCUGCUCAGAGGGAGUCUGAAGCAUCUUUCUGUCCUCAACAUGUCAAAGUCGGUCUUCUCUCACAGGAAGUGUAAAGAAAUCCCUCCGUCCUUUAAGCAGUUCUUCAGCAGCGCUCACGCUCUGAGCUCAGUCAGUCUGUCAGGAACCAAACUGCCUCUGGAGGCUCUGAAAGCGCUGCUGCUGGGCCUCGGCUGCAACCCAAACCUGAGCGACGUGUCUCUGGACCUCAGCUGCUGUGAGCUGCGUUCAGGCGGCUCCCAGAUCCUGGAGGGUUGUGUGGCGGAGAUCCCCAACAUCUCCAGUCUGGACAUCUCCGACAACGGUCUGGACAUGGAUCUGACCACGCUGCUGGUCUGGCUGGCUAAGAACCGCUCCAUCAGACACCUCUCACUGGGCAAGAACUUCAACAACAUCAAGUCCAAAAAUGUGUCUCAGGUCCUGGACAACCUGGUUCACAUGAUCCAAGAGGAGGAAUCACCGCUGACCUCGCUGUCUCUGGCUGACUCCAAGCUGAAGGCCGACCUCUCCAUCGUCCUCAACGCUCUGGGCAGCAACGCCUCUCUGACCAAGCUGGACAUCAGCGGCAACUCCAUGGGGGACAUGGGGGCCAAGAUGCUGGCCAAGGCCCUGCAGAUCAACACCAAACUCAGGACGGUGGUGUGGGACAGAAACAACAUCAGUCCUCAGGGUCUGCAGGACGUCGCUGCUGCUCUGGAGAAGAACUACACCAUCCGCUUCAUGCCUGUCCCCAUCAUGGACGCUGCUCAGGCCCUGAGGGCCAGUCCCGACAAGACCGAGGACGCCUUGCUCAAGAUGGAGCAGUACCUGCUGAGGAACCAUGAGACCCGUAAAUACCUGCAGGAGCAGGCCUACAGGCUGCAGCAGGGCAUCGUCACCACCACCACACAGCAGAUGAUGGACAUGAUGUGUGUGAAGGUUCAGGACCAUCUGAACUCUCUGAAGUUCACCGAGACCAACUCGGUGCAGGAGGACAUGAAGGUGGCAGAGAACUUCAUGAAAGACGCCAGAAACUCCAAAACGCUGCUGCCCAACCUGUACCACCUGAAGAGUGGGGGGUCCAGUGGAGUUUGUGUUGGAGCCAUUCAGGACAAACUGGAGUCGAUGGCUGGAGAGGUGUCCCGCGUCAUGGACCAGCAGCUGCAGACGAUGCUGGAGUCCAUGGUGGACGCUGCUGAGAGUCUGUGUCCUCAUGUGAUGAAGAGGAGCAGCCUUCGUCAGGAGCUGCUGAAGGCGGGAGCCGGCAGGAUGACGGUUCCUCGCAGCUUCAUCAGCGCCACGCUGCUGGAGCAGUCCGGGGUCGACAUCAUCAACAAGAUCAGUGAGGUGAAGCUGAGCAUGGCCUCGUUUCUGUCUGAUCGCAUCGUGGAUGAGAUCCUGGAGUCUCUGUCCCGCUCACAGCACACUCUGGGAGACCACCUGGUGAGGAAGAGUCAGCCUCUGGUGCAUCAUGAGCCCCAGCUGGAGGCCGAGGUCCUGGAUGAGGUCGUUCUGCAGCCGGAGAACCCGGAGAAGGAACAAAGACGGGACCAGGACCAGAAACACGGGCUGCGGGACCUGGACGCCUGCAUCAUGACGCCUAAAUCCAAGAGGAAGAGUAUUCUGGUCCGGAUGCUGCGUCCCGUCUCUGUGGCGUUUGAGAUGGAGUUUGACCUGGACAAAGCUCUGGAGGAGGUUCCCAUCCAUGUGGAGGACCCUCCUCUUCCUCCUCCUCCUCCUCCUGCUGCGUCCCAACCGUUGGACAGAAUGUCAGCGUACUACAGAGACCUCCCCCCUCCUCCGACUCCUCUGGAGUCAAAGCCUGUGGUUCUGAGUGAGCUGCCUCCAGUGGAGCACAAGUUCCUGGAGCAUCACACCAAACAACGCCCCAAACCCAAGAAGAGGACCAGACCGAGCCGGCCAGCUCGGAAAGCCACCGGCAGCUCAGCGCCACAGGAGGGAGAACAGAACAGCACCAUGGGAAAGCUGGACGAGGGCCUGGACGACUUCUUCUACAAGAAAGUCAUUCGACUCAGCUUCAAACUUCCCUUAGUGAAAGGUCCGUCCUCCAGCCCGCAGGAACCAACAGAUAAGAAACGUGAAUCCAGGAAGAGCGGGUUCUUUAACCUGAUCAAGUCCCGGACGUCCCGAUCGGAGAAGAGCCACGGAGCUGCCGGCAUCACUCCGCCCUCCCCCGCCUCCUCCAUCGCUGCUUCACCCUCUCCCUCCAUCACUCCAGUGACUGAGGAAACACCAACGCCAACACCCCCCACGCCGCCCCCCAAAAACCCCCUCCCCGUGGUGGAGCCCCACCCGGAGCUCCACAGGGCUCCGUCCUCGGACAACACUGAUUCUGAGAUGGAAGUGUCCCCGACGGCCGCCGAACCUGCCGAGGAGGAGAGUAAGGAGGAGGAGAAUAACGUGGAGAAGGAGGAUGGGGAGAAUAAGGAGAACCUGGAGAAGAAGGAGAACCCCCACAUCCCCCGACAUAUCGGGGUCCCCAUAAUGGGCAUGGACCUGCUGGCGGAGAUGAAGGCCAGACAGGAGAGAAUGGCUGUAAAGAAGUCUGAGUCGUCAUCCUUGCAGGACAAGGUGGACGAAGACAAAGCCCAGUCAGACGUCCAUCCUGUUGUCCCAGCAGACUCUGAAGAGUCCAAACCAGAACCCGUCCCCAGGUCCAAACCACCCAGCGUCACGCCAAAACCACCCCCACCCCAGGCCACCAAACCCCCUCUGGGGCCCCGAACGUCUGGGCCCCUCAGCCCAACCAGUCCAACCAGUCCAACCAGUCCAACCAGUCCCAGGCCCAACAGCUCCUACAGCUUCGAUGAAUCUGCUGAAUCUCCAUCCAGAGCUCCACUUCCUGCUCCUCGCCUGAAGAGGGCGCCGUCAGAGCAGGAGAGAGAGAGCAGCAGUAAACCUGCAGAGACGCCUCCUCCUCUGGACGUGGAGCUUCCAGCUGACGGUGAUGCGUUCGAGGCCCCCGGUCCGGUGGGAGAGCCCGGCGUCGGGGGAAGACAGUGGUCGUCUCUGAAGAGUUCAAGUCCUCCUGCUGCUGCUGAGGACAACCGGGAGAGAACCAAGUCACUCCCCGCAGACGUGAGGCCUCCUUCUGUAGCCGACUCUGAUCUCAGUCCAGCGGAGGAGGAGGAGCCUCCUUCUCCGUUCGCUGACCUCAAAUCUGACAACCAAUCAGAGGAGGAGUUGGACGACGCCCCUCCGGUCUGA